AUGUGAAACAAAGGAAAUUAGAACUUCCGGGAAAUAUACGUUUCGGUACAGUUUUGGACGUGUGUGUAACUAUCGUCUACAACUCGCAGAGACAGUAGUGCGCUUUUAUACUGAUAGCAAGAAAACAUGGCGCUUGAUUUGAACAAAACAGAUCUGUAUCGUUUGCUUGGAGUUGGAGAAGAUGCCACCGAAAAAGAAUUGGUGAAGGCCUACAGAAAAGCAGCCUUGAAAUGUCACCCUGAUAAAAAUCCGGACAAUCCAGAUGCGGCCAAUGAGUUUCAGAGACUUUCUAAAGCUCUCGAGAUCCUCUCUGAUGUUGCAGCAAGAGCUGCUUAUGAUAAGACGAGAAAAGCCAAGAAAGCGGCCGAGGAACGUCACAAAGUACUUGACAGCAAGAGAAAAAAGUUCAAAGAAGAUUUGGAAGCGAGGGAACGAGCGUCUCAAGACCAGAAAGCAGACGAUUUCCGGGCUCAGAGAAAUUUAGAAGCUGAAAUUGAAAGACUAAGAAAACAGGGCUCUUCACUUCUUGAACAAGAGCAGGAAUAUUUAAAGGAACAGUUAAAAAAGGAUAGAGAAGAAGCCAUAAAAAAUAUACAGAAAAACACGAAAGCGAAUAAAGAGGAAGAAAUUUCAACUGUUUCACCCAAACUGAAAGUCACAUGGUCAGCAGAGAAGCGUGAUGAUAGCAAUGGUGGAUAUUCACAUGGAAUGUUACGUGCUAUGUUAGGAAAAUAUGGAGAAGUGAGUGCUCUUGUUAUUUCAGGGACCAAGAAUGGACGUGCCAUAGUUGAAUAUAAAUCUCCCAGAGCAGCAGAUAUGGCUUUUAAGAGUGAAAGAGGUUUACAGGAGAAUCCUUUAACUCUCAAAUGGUUAUCUGGUAAACCAGAAACACCGACUUAUGAGACUGUGAGUCUGUCACAUAGUGAUGCAAGUCCUCAAAUGCCUUCAUUUCCCACAGAAAGUGACAGUGUUUCUUUCACCGCAGUUCCAGAAAAACCUAAGCAAACAAGUUUUAUACCCAAAACGAGCCAUGAGAGAGAUUUUGAAAGCCUAGUUUUAAUGAAGAUGCGGCAAGCAGAGGAGAGGAAGAGACUUAUUGAACAGAUGCAAAAAGAAGAUGAAGAAUCAUGAUGUGUUAUCUUUAUAUUAUCAUCAUUAUCAUUAUAGUCAGAACAUCAUGAAGUGAAUGAUCAACAGAGGAAGACACUUAUUGUUGGAACAGUCAUAACAAUGAGAUUAACAUGAUUAACGAAGGAAAGUUCAACAUGUAAACAUGGUAAAGAGAGAAAAGAUUGGUGUAGAUUUUGUCAUGUUGAUCCCACUUUGUGUACUGUACAUGGUCAGGAUGUGUAUGUUCCAAGCAAUACCAGUGGUAAUUAGUGUUAAGAAAUGGUUAAAAUCUCAUAAUCGAUGAUUGGUUCAUUACAACCGAUCAAUCAUUGAAAAUAAUUGGUUAGCGUCAUUUAUGAAAUGUGUUAAU